GCCAGUGAGUGGGUGAUAUAAGAGUAGUGAGUGUUGAACGUUCCAUCCACCGUCCUCUGAUUUCGCAAGAAAGAAAAGAAAGAAAAGAAAGAAAGAGAUGGGAAAUUGCCAAGCCAUCGAUGCAGCAACACUGGUGAUUCAGCACCCCAAUGGGAAAGUAGACAAGUUUUAUGCACCUGUGAGUGCCACACAUGUAAUGAAAACCAACCCUGGUCACUAUGUUGCUCUUCUCAUCUCCUCCACCACAUUAUGUCCAACCAAACACAUUCAAAAUUGCCCCAAUCAGAGUGACCACAAAGCUAACACCAACACCAACACCAACAUCAGCAACAACAACCCAGUUCGUUUAACUCGCAUCAAGCUUCUCAAGCCCACCGACAACCUUCUUCUUGGUCAAGUUUAUAGGCUCAUCACAACAAAAGAGGUCAUGAAGGGUCUCAGGGAAAAGCAAAAGGCAAAGAUGAGGCAGAACGUGGUAGAGUCAGUUCACAAGCCAGAUUUGGAGAAAGAGAAACUGCCAAGGAGGCCUGAUAUCGAGGACAAUAAGGUAAUGGCGAAACCUGAAAGAGGUCGAGCAAGGAUAACAGCACCAACUAAUAAUGGUGGUGGUGCCACAGCUAAGACAAGAUUAUGGCAACCUUCUUUACAAAGUAUCUCGGAGUCUGCCAGCUGAUCUGUGUUUUCUAUGCUACCCAUGUGGUGUGAGGGACAGAGAAGCAGCUGAGAAAAAAAAAAAAAAAACUCCAUGAUUGCUUAGUCAUGUGGAAAUUAAUCAUAGUUCACUGAGCUUCAGGGGAGCCCAGAACCAACCCAGAUCAUAAAAUUCUCCUCAGUUGAGAUAUAAUUGUAUAGUAAAGUUGACAUAUUUUAUCUUUUAGUGUAAUUAGCUUUUACUCUGCAUUGAAAUUAGCACUUUUCUAUUAUUCUUUC